UGGAGUCCCGCGUGCUACGACUGUUUUUCCUUUUGAUUUGCAACCUGAACCUUGAACUCAACGGAGCUUCUGCUACCGUUUGAUAUAACAUUUGGCAAGAGCAGACGACGCAUUCCGUGUUUCCCUCUCUGGAAACAUCACACGGACGAGGCGAAAUCACUGCGCGCCCUUUGACGCGGAGGAGACCAAUUAUGGAGCGGCCGGAGGGAUCUUGGUAGCCUUGGCGACCGACAGACAAGCGGGCGAGCGAGACGGAAUGCUAUGGGAUGACGUCUUCUCUGUGAUCGGCUCGCGGAAUGUUGUUCCUGGUUAGCCUCGAACGUGUUCGUACUUCCAGUACCGUAACACCGUGUUUCACGCAACAUGGUUACGUCAGUACUCACACUGAUUAUGUUCCCGUUGAAGACGACGAUCCCCGUAGCACAAUGUACCUUUGGAGGCCGAUUAAUGUCUUCUUCAUCGGAGACCAUUAUUUCCGUUCGCUUCAACAAGCUGUUGUAAUGCCUACCAACGUUACCGAGUUCUACCUUUUCUCGCAAAGCAUACUGAAUGCCGUGGCCUUUAUGAUCCGGGAAGACUAUCCAAGCUGUGACAUCAAACUGAAGGCCAGUGGCACAUACGUGGUGACGAAGGACGAAGAUUACCAUUUUAUGCCAAGCACUGGUUCCGUUCAUCAGCUGAGUGACCUGCAUCGCAUUCAGGACUUCGUGGAACAAAACACCGCGGCGAGUUUGGCAGAUAUAGUGAUCGUAUUGCUUGGGUCGGACCCACCGUCACACAAGUAUUGGUGGAGUGGUUUCCAUCAUAACACAUGGCACAAUUCCACUAGCAAAAUGUGCUCCGCGCAGAAGUUAAUUGUCCACUGGGACAUACCGUGGAGUUACUCUUGCCUGGACUUCCUGAUGGAGGCGCUCCUUAAAGUGAUGCAUCCCACUGGACAGUUGAACGAUGGGAGAUCUGUAUGCAAGGAGGUUCGAGAGUUCUAUCGAAGCGCACUGGCACAGGAAAGGGGACUGAUGUGCUUCAACACGGCAGAGACCUGUUGUGUACCCUUAUUCUUCGGCAUGUUCAACAUCAGAAGAGAGUCAUUUUGUACACAAGCACUCAGGAUGCGAGAUCUAUAUGGCAAUAUGGAAGAACUUCACUGCACGACCUAUUGCGAGGAUGAGGCGAGUAUUGCGUCUCAAAGUCCGAAUCAAUGGUACUGGACACCUCCCGGGUGGGUGUGGGAUCAGUCCGCUGAUUAUUGGUACAAGUCUCUCCUUUGCCCUAAACCGGAUGACAAGAUUUGCUCCGGCAGGUCUUCCGACUUUGGUGAAACACUGGGCUUAACUUACAAGCAAUUCCAGAGGACUCUCACCUAUAUAUGGGACCUGGAUGACUAUGAAGUACCUGACACAGACGCAGCUAUCUGCCGUCUGUAGAGUAAAUGACCUUCUGUUUCGGUGACGAAAUAAACAGUUUGAGCGCG